UUUCAUUACACACGUGUACGACAGGCCGACUUAGCCCGUGAUCGGCCUUUUACCUUGUGGCGUCAACUCGUCUUGUGCCAACCUUACGUUCAUCGCGGAUUAUCAUCAGCCCCGAAUAACGAACCAUCCACCAAAUUGCCCUCUCGACGAGCGAUCCGCCGUCGGCUUGCCCUAGAUAACGAUGGGCGACGACCCGCGUUCCUUUGAACACGAACAAUAUCCAAAUAAUCCUCAGGAAUAUCCUACGAAUUCGCCAUCACGUCCGUACCCAGAUGUAUACCAGCCUGCUCCGCCCCACCAAUCCAUACCCCACCAUUCAUCGGCGCCAGCUGGAAACCAACAACAGCAACAUCGUCCAUUGGCACAAAAUGCACAGCAACAAUCUCAGGUCGUUCACCAGCAAUCAGACCACCAAUCCCUCCACACUAUGGUCCCGAAUAUCCAAUGCACACUAAUAAUGUCCCCGGCUAUGAGGCGGCCCAAUCAGGUCAGUCGUACGACGUUCAGGUGACUGUCAACCAGUAUAGCGCGUACGAUGCCCAUUAUACUACUGGCUCUUCCUCGUCUCGUGAUAGCAGCGCGAGCACUGGAACCUCAUCACCUGUGACCCCUAAUUCUGCCCAUUCUA